CCUCUCACACGGGUGUGAGAUUAUUUGGAUGCCUAAAUUGACCCACACCUGAACGACGAUGUCAGACGCCUUGGCACCGGAUCCUAUUCCCGUCCCGGAUCCCACUAUCGUGGAUCCAUCGGCUCAAAACGGUCAGUGCGACCCUCCUGAUCAGUCGUUGCCUAGCAGACCGAGCCAGAGAGACCCAGUCCCAGACCCGUUCACCAUGGACCACCAGGAAAUGAAAAUCAGUGACAACGUCGAAGACAAAGGUCUGCUGGAGAGCAGUACUCGUCUGAAGCCCCAUGAGGCCCAGGAAUACCGCAGGAAGGCACUCUGGGUCUCCUGGGUCUCCAUUUUCGUCACACUCAUACUGGCCGUCGCUGCUUUCACUGUUUCCAUCAUGAGACACAGCGCAUCUGCCUUUGGCUUUGCAUUUGAUGCCACGCUGGAUGUGCUGUCCUCUAUCAUCGUGUUGUGGAGGUACAGCAACGCAGCGGCAGUGCACUCAGCGCACAGGGAGUACAUAGCCUGUGUGAUCCUGGGUGUGGUGUUCGUCCUCUCCUCCAUCACCAUCCUUGUCAAGGCAACACAUGACCUGGUAACCAAGCUGAAGCCAGAAGUGGAUGACUUCCUGUACAGUGUGUCCAUCAUUAGUGGGAUAACGUGUCUGAUCCUGUGUGUCUUCAAGUUCAUGCUGGGCAGAGUGCUAACCAGCCGGGCUCUCAUCACUGACGGCUUCAACUCGCUGGUGGGCGGCAUCAUGGGUUUCUCCAUCCUGAUCAGUGCGGAGGUGUUCAAGCACGACCCGGAGGUCUGGUACCUGGACGGGACAAUAGGCAUCCUCAUCGGCCUCAUCAUCCUGUCCUACGGAGUCAAGCUGUUGGUUGACAUGGUACCCCGCGUCAGACAGACAAGGCACUACGAGAGGUUUGAGUGA